AUGCUGCCGACGCUCCCGCCGCCGAACACGCUGGUGCGUCAGUUCCUCAUUGCCGUCGACGUGGCGCUAGGCGAGCUCAGCGUCGCCCGGGGCACCUGCCGUCGGUUCGAGGCACUCCACGCGAGCCGCAUGCAGGCAGUCGCGGUCGCGCUGGCAGCCUCGCUCACCGCCGCACUGCAGGCUGAGCUCGAGGCCGCCGGGUUCGUGGCGUUUGAGGCCAUCACGGCCGCGGACUUGCGUGGCGAGCCUGGAUCGAGCCUCGCCCAAGUCGACGCGCUCCUUGCCGAGGCCGUCGCGCUGCAGGACUUGGUGUCCGGCGUUCCGCCACUUGCCGCCGCGCUCGGCCUCGGGCCGGAUGCGCCGCGCGGCGAGCUUGCCGUCCGCUGGCUCGCGCACCCGCUCAAGAUUCGGUUCCACCGCCACUUUCUGGCGCCUGGCUCGGCCACAAACCGGCCGGACAAGCCCGAGUGGAUGUACGCCCAUGUGGCCAAGUGGCUCCGCAAGCACGCGCUCGUUGCCGUCUUUCGCGUCGGCGCCGUGCUUGCGCCCGACGCGCCCGACGGCGUCGCCGCCUUGCAGGCUACUUUUGCUUCGGUCGUCCUCGAGUGGGUCGCCUUCAAGGUCAACGCCGAGCUCGAGGCCUCGUGGGCCUCGCCAGGCUUCCUCCUUGCCCACGCCAUCUCCGAGACGCUGGCGUUUGACGAGAGCCUCGACGCGCUGCUCCACACUCCCGCCGCCGCAGACAUCCACAUCCUCCCAUGCUUCUACGCCCACGAGCGCCGGGUCGAGGCGUGGCUGGCGCUCGAGCGCGACGCUGCCCACGCCGAGCUUGACGCGCUCCUGGCUGGAAGCGACGUGGCGCAGGCGCGGGGCGUUAUCGGCCUCACCAGCGCCCUCCUCGACCGGCUGUACGGCGUCCCGGGCUGCCGUGCCUUUCAGCGCGGCAUGGUGGAGCUUGUUGCCCACAUCGCCUCCCGCUACCUCCGCGUCCUUGUUGCCGAGCUCCGUGGCAUGAUUGGCUCAUCGUCACUGGCGCCGGCGCAGUGGUCGCGGGCGGCGACGGUGCUCAACUCGAUGAAGACCGUCCGCGACGCGCUUGCUGCCGAGGAUGACGCUCUCCGCGCGCUGAGCCUGGCCGCGGCACUCGCCGACGGCGCGGCCGCCGACUCGCUCUUUGGCUCUAUUGUCGACGCCUACGCACUCGCCGCCGACUCACAGAUCGAUUCCCUUGCUGAGAACGUCGAACACACGUUUCACGUCUACACCUCCGGCUACCGCCACGCCGCUGCCGAUGAGGCCUCGCUGCGGCUUGCGCCGGGCCUCUCGGCGCUCCGCGGCGUGCUCGGCCUUGUCGAGCCAGUCCUCGCCUCGCCACUCUUCGAGACCUUUUGCGCCACUGUCGGCGUCCGUCUCGCCCGCUACCUCCUCAAGCAUGUUGUGCGCAAGCCGAAGAAGCGCUAUACCGCCGCCACCGGCGCAACCCUCGCCGCCGACAUGCGAUCGGUUGUCCUCCUCGUCCGUCGCGAGUUCCCCGAGUCACGUCGCGUCGGCGUCGUCUUUGCCCCGCUUCUGCAGACCGUCGAUCUCCUUGCCCUCCCGCCCGCCGACCUCGCCGAGCUCCGCCAACAGGCCGAAGCCGUCCGCCUCCUCGGCCUCCCCGCCAAAGCCCGGGCCUUUCUCGAGGUCAACGCCGCCGACGCCAUCGGCAGCAUCGACGAUCUCUUCCGUCUCCUCGAACUCCGUGGCGACGUGUAG